AUGAUGGGAUUUCUUUGGUAUUACCACUUCAAGAGCAAAACCCGUCAAGAUGGAUGUAGCCCAGAAGGUUUCUGUAAAGCUGCAAUGUUUUCUUUGCUCGUCAAGGAAGAGCUUGAAUCGUGGCCAGAACAGAACACUCGAAGUAGAAAUUGGCUAAGCAUACCUAAAGCAGUAGAGCGUUGCCGACAUCCGUGGAUGAGAGAUGCACUAGUAGAAGGCUUCUCUAAAUGGCAUGAUGAGACGAUAGAUAGAGGAAAAGAGUUCUUGGAUCAAGAUUGA